GACAACAAAGUGGCAGAACCAUACACACUUACCAUUAGAGAAGAAACACCAUCACCAACAAGAAGGGAAUACUUCCCAGACACAUCAGUAGAAAAUGCUUUAGACUCACCAGAAAUAUCACCACCAAGGGAAACAGUAAAGGAUAUUGAAAGAGCAAUAGCUGGAUUUAAGAGUUAUAAAUUAGCACUUGAGACCAAAAGAGGAGUGGGAUCUAAAAGUCAACAAGAAGAGACAGAAUAUAAAAUACAGGAGCUAGAGAUGGAUUCCACUAAGAAAGAUCCUGAAAAGACAACAGAUAAUGCUAAUGACAAUAAAACACCAGUGGAUGAUGUGAUACAAAAGAUAGUGGACUUGAAUUUAGGAUCAGGAGCUAAUAACAGCACACAACCACCACCAGUAACCCAACCAACUACAUCAGCAUCAGGGGCAAGUGCAAAGAUAGAGUCAUUG